AUGGAUCGGAGGUCCCGGGCUCAGCAGUGGCGCCGAGCUCGCCACAAUUAUAACGAUCUGUGCCCGCCCAUAGGCCGCCGGGCCGCCACCGCGCUCCUCUGGCUCUCCUGCUCCAUCGCGCUCCUCCGCGCCCUUGCCACCUCCAACGCCCGCGCCCAGCAGCGCGCGGCGGCCCAGCAGCGCCGGAGCUUCCUUAACGCCCACCACCGCUCCGCCGCCCAGGUGUUCCCCGAGCCCCCCGAGUCUGACCACGAGCACGAGGAGGCCGACCUCGACCUCUCCCUCCCCGAGUGCCUCGAGUACGAGGAAGAGUUCGACUACGAGUCCGAGACUGAGACCGAGACCGAAUCUGAGAUAGAGUCCGAGACCGAGCCCGAGACCGAGCCCGAGACCGCCCCCGCCACUGAGCCCGAGACCGAGCCCGAGGACGAGCGCGGUCCCGUGGUGCCCAAGCGCCCCACCUUCGGCCAAUCUCUCACUGAGCGUCUGCACGCGCUCAAAUUGCGGAGCCCCGACGCCUCCCCGAGUCGCGCGCAGCCCAGCACUCAGGAGCCCCAGAACCCCACCGAGCGGGAGGAGCCCCAGCCCGAGGAAAAGGAUCCGCGGGACCCCGAAGAGACCGAGGCUCCCAAAGAGAAGAAGCAGCAGCGCCGCUGCAAACCCAAGAAGUCCGCCCGCCGCGAUCCAUCUCCGGAGUCCCCUUCCAAGAAGGGGCCCAUCCCCAUCCGGCGUCACUGA